GCAGAUCUAAUUGAACCCUUAGACUGUAUUUCAACAACUCCACCGCAGAUCCCAAUCGCACAUCCACCGCAGCCCCGCCUCUCAAUCGUACAUCUGUAGCAAGCAUCUCCACCGCAAAAUCGCACCUCUACACCGCAGCUCCACCACAGCUCCACCGCACAGAACUGCCAACAUUAACAUCAGUAUUUUCAACCAACAAAAGCUCGCUCUGUUGAAUUCUUGAUGCCAUGGAAGUUGGAGAUGAACCUCCAAAAAAAAUCAAAACCCACGAAACAUUCGACCCAGAAAAAGAAGAAAAAGAUAGGAUUAGCUUAUUACCCGAUACUUUGAUUAUCAAUGAAAUUCUUUGUCGUUUAGAGUCCACAAAAGAUGCAAUCAGAACUGGUAGUCUUUCGAAACGAUGGCGACAUCUUUGGCCUUUAGUUCCUAGUCUUGUCUUUUACGAUUGUAGACAGUUCCCCGAUUUCUAUUCGAUUGUUGAUAAAACCCUAACUCAAUGCCAGUUAAACGAACUUUAUAAAUUCCGAGUCUGCACCAAUUACGAUAAACGGUAUAAAUCCCAUGUCAAGAAUUGGAUCCAUUUUGCUAUUAGUAAUAACGUCCAGCAACUUCAUUUAUAUUUAAGGGACACCAAAGAUGAAGUCGAUGAGUUUGUAUUGGAAGAUGACGCUUUUUUCGUCAAUUUUCAUUUUACCCGUCUCCAUUUAUCGGGGUUUGUAUUUAAACCUAGUGGGUCCAUUAGUUGGAAUAACCUUACCCAUUUAACCGUUUCAUAUUGGAAGGUAGUUGAAGAUUUGAUUGCAAUUAUACUAUCGGGAAGUCCUUUAUUGGACACUUUGACAUUAGACUAUUGUUAUGGUUAUUCAUUGCUCAAUAUUACUUCCAAGAGUGUUAAGAAUUUGGUCCUGUGUGGAUAUAAUGAUUAUAUGGUCGAUGCUAUCCAAAUCAAUGCUCCUUAUAUUUCAUCACUAACAAUCAUGGGUGAUAUUUUGUUAUCUAAGAUUUAUUUGCAAGAUGUGUCUUCUUUAGUGAAAGCUGAGUUAAAUUAUACCAUCUUGAGUUAUGACGCAACAGAGAGCGAAGUGAUGCUUAAAAGUCUUUUACUGCGCCUUAAACAUGUCAAAGAGCUCAAAAUUGGGGUUUAUUGUUCUAAGGUUUUAUCUCGUUUGGAAGCUAAAGGUUUCAUUUUUCCAUCCAACUUGAAGUUUGUACAAGCAGAUUAUUUUGUUUCUGAUACUGAAACGACGGAUUAUUCUGAUUCUGAUACCGAUUUGACGGAGCUAGGUGAUUGCUCUGAUAAUGACUCAUCUGAUAGCUUCUUGCGACUUAAAUCAGAGUAAAUCAGAGUGUAGAUUCGGUAGAACUAAUGAAUGAUGAUUGCAUUGGUCCUUGAGCAGACGAGGACAGUUGAUUAUGAGCUCCUUGAAAUCAUUUUUAAACUAGGCAUGGCACUUCGAAUUCUGUUUAAUUUCUAGGGCAUUUUAUGUAGUAGAUUCCAAACUAUGAAGCUCUUUGAUAUUUAAUGUUAUGUUGUUCGUUUGUGUCAUAUUCUUUACUAGCUUUCCGUUAUCAAA